AUGGCUCCUGAAAAUGAGAAGCCGGUGUUCUUCUUCGACAUUGACAAUUGUCUUUAUCCAAAGAGUCUCAAGAUUCACGAUAUGAUGGCCGAGCUCAUUGACAAGUACUUUCAGACUCAUCUCGAACUGUCUCAAAAAGAGGCCAACGAGCUCCACUACAAGUACUACCGCGACUACGGUCUAGCAAUCGAGGGCCUAGUUAGACACCACAAGAUCGACGCGCUGGACUAUAACGAACAGGUCGACGAUGCGCUGCCCUUGGACGAUGUGAUCAAGCCUAACGCAGAACUGCGCAAGCUCAUCGAGGAUAUUGACACCAGUAAAGUCCGCUUAUGGCUGUUUACCAAUGCUUAUGUCACUCACGGCAAACGAGUGGUCAAGCUUUUGAACAUCGAUGACCUCUUCGAAGGCAUGACAUAUUGCGAUUACAGCUCAGACAGAUUCGUCUGCAAGCCGCAGGCAGAGAUGUUCGACAAGGCUAUGCAGCAGGCAGGUGUAACCAAGAACGAGAAUUGCUACUUCGUGGACGACUCGUACAUCAAUUGCAAGGCUGCCGACGAGCGAGGAUGGAAGGUUGCUCACUACUUGGACCCCGGCAUGGACUCCCCUCCCAAGCAGGCUGCAAAGCAUCAGAUAAGGAGUCUGCAAGCGCUGAGGAAGACGUUCCCUGAGGUGUUCAAAAGCUCAUGA